AUGCUCGUCGACUGGGCCAGCCCGACCCUGCAGCAAAUCGUCAACGGCACCACCAGCUGGGAAACCGACGACGCCGUCAUCAAACUCAGCGAGGCCGGCCAGUGGGUCUACUUCGUCGUGGAGACCACUCUUGCCGUCCCCCACCCCAUUCACUUGCACGGCCACGACUUCUUCAUCCUGGCUCAGGGUUCCGGUACCUACUCCAGCUCCGUCACCCUCAACACCAGCAACCCUCCCAGAAGAGACACGGCCCUGCUGCCCGCUUCCGGAUACCUCGUCAUGGCCUGGGAGACCGACAACCCGGGUGCCUGGCUCAUGCACUGCCACAUUGGCUGGCACACAUCCGAGGGCUUCUCCAUGCAGUUCGUCGAGCGUUACAGCGAGAUUUCCGCCCUCACCAACUCCACUGCGCUGAACAAUGUCUGCUCUGACUGGAGCACUUUCCAGGAGGAGUACUCCAUUGAGCAGGAGGACUCGGGUGUCUAA